AUGGCUGUGCAGCUUCUCACCCAGGCCGAUGGCUAUGGCAUUAUCAUUGGACUUUCAGUGCUGUUCUGCCUUAUUAUCAUCGCUGCAGUCCGCAUACAGAAGAGGUAUCUGUCGGAGGACAGCGAUCAAUCGGAGAUGUUCAUGGUCGCAAAUCGUUCCGUCGGGACUGGAUUGACGGCAUCAGCCGUCUUCUCGAGUUGGAUGUGGAUCAAUGAAAGUGUCUUUUCAGCCGCCUAUACAUACAAGUGGGGUGUCGCCCUUCCCGUAUGGUGGGCAAGUGGACUGUCCUUUCAAAUUGCUCUCAUGGCCGUGCUCGGGAUCGUAGCAAAGCUGCGGGUACCAUAUGCACAUACCUCGCUCGAGAUCAUCAAAAUGAGAUACGGAAAAUAUGCACAUUGGCUGUUCAUCCUACUGAACCUGAUCAACAACGUUUUUGGCUGUGGCAGUAUGAUCCUCGCAGGCGCUCAGUUGGUGACUGGAAUGACGGGAAUGCACGUUGUCGCUGCAUGUAUCCUAAUUCCUGCAGGGGUCGUCACCUAUACAGCCGUGGGAGGGCUCAAGGCGACCUUUUUAACGGACUUUUUGCAUACCACCAUCGCUCUGAUCCUCUUGAUCUACUUCUCUCUCGCUGUCUUGACGAACGAGCACAUUGGCGGCCUCUCAGGUUUGUACGACAAAGUCAAAGCGACGAAUGAUUAUAUUCCCGGCAACUACGAAGGCUCGCUUUUGACCAUGAAGUCGAGGAGUUCGCUUCUUUUUGGCCUGGUGCUGAAGUUCGGAAAUCUUGCACUGGUGCUCAUGGACACAGCCUUCUGGCAAAAAUCGUUCGCUUCCGAAGUGCACUCGACCGUUCCAGCAUAUGACCUUGUAUCCAUUGUCAUCCUUGCUAUCCCUUGGUGCACCGGAACCAUUAUCGGGUUGAGCGCCCGUGCAAUCGAAAAGACUCCCAUCUGGUUCGACUAUCCCAAUACUUUGACAGCCACUCAGGUGAACUCUGGCCUGGUGAUGCCAUACGUGCUGAAGUCCCUACUCGGCACUGGUGCCACCGCCGGCCUGCUUGUGCUCAUUUUCAUGGCCAUCACCAGCACAGUCUCUUCGUCCAUGAUUGCUGUUAGCAGUAUCAUCUCCCUCGAUUUUUUCCGCACCUACAUCAACCCACAUGCGUCCGACCGCAAAACGCUCAAAGUGAGCCAUUGGGGUGUUGUCUUCCACGGCUGCUUUAUGGCUGGCUUUGCCAUCAUGCUCGAGUACGCUGGCGCAACAAACAACUGGUCCACUUACUUUCGACCCAUCGUCGCAUGUCCUGGCAUCUUGCCCAUGAUUUUAACACUCCUCUGGUCCAGACAAACGAAGUUAGCGGCCAUCCUGAGUCCCAUUCUUGGGCUUUUGUCGGGCGUUGCAACCUGGCUUUCCCUGUCAUGGUUGUGGUCUGGGGCAAUCAACAUUCAAACAACGCAGGAUCAGGUGCCAGGUCUUUACGCAGCCAUCGUCUCUUUCUUCUCCCCGGCGCUCUAUUCUGUCGUCAUUUCCUUAGCAUGGCCAAGCCGUUUCGACUGGCGCGAGUUCCUCAGGAUUGACCUGAUCGAAGACAAGAGCCAACCAAGCAGCUCUCUGCAGUCCACACGACCCAGUAGCGAAGCCGUGAACGAGACGCCCAAGACCGCGGGCUGUUUCGAGAAAGAAGCCCACGAGAAAGAGGCAUAUCUCACCGGUGGAGGGGAGAUCGGCCCACUUGCGAGUCCGCCACGCAUUCGACCAAAUGCUCAAGUCCCUCUCGACGAGGUUGUCCACCCAUUUGACGCAGAGACAAUCCGACACAUCAAGAAGUGGUUCAAAAUCGCCAGCAUCUUUUUUGUCGUCAAUGUCAUCGUCACCAUUGUCCUUUGGCCCUUGCCACUGUACCGGGACUGGAUCUUCACCAAGAGCUUCUUCGGCGGCUGGGUCACUAUGGCUAUCAUCUGGCAUUUCGGCGCCAUGUUCGUCGUCGUCGUCUACCCGUUUUAUGACGGGCGACAUGAGAUUGCCCGGGCGGUUCGUGGGAUGUUGAAGGACUUGAAGGGUAGGAGAUGA